CAGCCAACAUUCCCCAUGAAUGGCUUUGUGUGCGACGGUAGGAAGGAAGGCGGGCAGCGGCAACAAGUGCUGUGCGCAGGCUGCAAGUCCGUGCUGUCAUCACCCUGGACUUCACCCACCCUCAAGUCCGGGUGUGGCAGGGAGGGGACCUUUGCACCCUUGGAGCUGAAGAAGCUCGGAACAGUCAAGCAAAUGGGACUCAGCUGAGCUCAGUGCAGGAGUUGCUUGCCUGCCUUUCUCUGCUAUGAAAGAAGUGUGUGGAUGGCUGAGCCAUGCCUGAGUCCACUGCAGACCAGCCCCCUGCUAUCUCCAGGAGGUACUGCAGGAAUUCCCAGUUCCAAGGACAGUAAGAAAGACUAACUUCCUUUGCCUUAGCAGCCAUGCAGGACUGCAGCCUACUGAUUGGAUGACCAGCAUGUUUCUGGCAGCCAAGCCAUCUAGGCCUGCACCACUGUACUGGUCUCAAGUUCUCUUCUGCCUCCUCUUCUGUGCCUCUUCCUGCUCCUGUACCUCCUGCCCUGAGCAGUGCCAAUGCACCAACUACUCUGGAGCAACAGCUGUCCUUUGCAGCGCUAGUGACCUGGAAGAAAUUCCAAAGGACAUCCCCAAAGACACCAUGUUUUUGAAGUUGGAUGCUAAUAAAAUUACUGCAGUCCCCAACAGCACAUUCAGACACCUCGCCCACUUACAAGAGAUAGACCUUUCCAGAAAUGCCAUUGAGAAGAUUGAUUCUGCAGCCUUCAAAGGGGUGGCUGAUGGCCUAAGGUUGCUUGAUCUCUCUGGCAACCACAUACAGAGAAUCCCAAAAGAGGCCUUGGUCAACUUGAAUGCCAUGAUUCGCCUGUCCAACAACCCCUGGCACUGUGAAUGUACUUUGCAGGAAGUCUUGUGGGAAGUGAAACUUGACCCUGAGUCAGUCAAUGAGAUCACCUGCCAAACAUCUGUGCAAGAGGAAUAUGCUGGAAAGCCUCUGCUCCAUAUCCUUGAUUCAGGCAUCAACUUUUGCAACAUGCACCAGAAAACCACUGAUGUUGCCAUGUUCGUUACCAUGUUCAGCUGGUUUACUUUGGUCAUUAGCUAUGUGGUGUACUACGUACGGCACAACCAAGAAGACACAAAGAAGCACCUGGAAUACCUGAAAUCCCUGCCUAGUACGCGAGUUCCUAAAGAGACUAUCAGCACCAUCCUGUAGCCCAGAUUGCAGGCUUUGAGCUGGACAGCCCAUUUUCUAAAGAAGAGAAUAUUGGUUGGGAUCUGGAAUGAUUUUUUUCUUACUACUUCCACAAGAACUUUUUAAAGAGUUUCUUUUUUUUUUUAAGGUUUCUGUAAAAGGAUAAAACAGUGCUUUGCUAUAAACAUAGUAAGAAUGUCCAAGUUAAGGUUUGCCAUGAUAUGAAUUACAUUAUGAUGAGUAGGGUCCCAGCAGAAACCAGACAGAGCUUUGUAAAGAAAGCUGCUUUUCCAAGAGAACACUUGGACAAUGGGACAGUUGACUGUAUGCCAGAGGUAUCCAAAAGAGACUUGAUUGAGGGGGAGAGAUCUGAAAGCUUCACAGUGGGUCCACUAGAAUCUUGACAAAAAUACCCAUGACAUCAUGGGAAGUUUGAAUAUGAUUGACUUUUGCAUGAGAUACUGCUAAAACAUUCUCAUGAAUGUUCAGAACCACACAAUGGUCUGCUUCCAAAUUUUGCAAGCAUGCACACACAGAUCAGUGAAAUUUAACAGGAUGUGUGUGCAGUGUGUGCGUGUGUGUGUGUUGCCAAGAUGAAGAGGGUAUGUAUUUCCCUGGGCUUCCUCACUACAUUGCCAAUGGAGCCUCCACCUUUUUACUCUCUUUCCUCUAUUAGCUUAACUUUUUCAUUGCUGCCACUGUUAAGGUGGGCCCCGGAGAGCAUCUGAGAGGGCAGUGUGAGUGAAUAUAUAUGCACAACAAUCAUGAAGAGGUUUCCUCCUAGGAAAGGAAAGGAGGAAGCAUGACUGAGAUGGCAAAUACCUAUUUCUAAAUUUGCCAAUUGCAAAUUCAUUCCUCAAGAACUGGUCCUCAGAUGUAGCUGGCCUGGAGCUGGGUACAACUGAAAGGCAAGGUAUAAACUAAAUGUAUAAACAAGCAAAUGUAUAUGGCAGUGGCAACUCCCUAAGCCCAAGCUAAUGAAAAUGCCUAGCUGACAGCAAACUUAAUGGUUCAAAAAUAAACGUUUUAAUAAAUGUCAUUUGAUGAAAAAUAAACAUCAAGAAUGAAAAAUUCUGAAGUAUUAGAACUAAAGAAUCAAAACCUCAACUGCCACAGAUGCCUUAUCUGUGGUCCACAGCUUACCAUUCUCCAUCCUUCCGUGUUCUCGAUGCCAAAUGGGUAUAGUUGCAUAUAUUUUUUUCUGGUUUGAUUGUUUUUCUGGUUGUGUCUACCAGAAUAUAAUUCAACAGUGCUCCAAUAACUGCAACACAGAUUUACAGGAUUUCCUGGACACUAAAAUGGACAGUCUCACUUAGGGCCUUUUCCAGAUGAUCAGUUUAGGUACUCACCUGCUGCUCAUUUGCUGAGUGGGAUCCAGAUGUCUCCUGUAAGGUAGCGCUCUGGUUGUGUGAUCUCACUUUCCCCCAAACUCAAGCUGCAGUAUUUGCUACUGGGAAAAUGUGAGUCCAGCUAGCCUACACACUGCUAUUGUGACGGACGUAUAGAAUUUGGUUGCAUAUAUCCAGCGUUUAUUGAAUAGUGCCUGUGAUAUGAUGAGGCUGUUCACAAGAGCAGCCCCUACCCAGGCUUGGGGAGCCCUACCUGAGUAAAGCACUGGGAUUGGGGCCAGUCCUGGUGGUGCCUCCCCUCUUAGCCUGAGGUUUUUUUAGACCUGGGUUGAAGGGUGCAAGUGCGCCCUUUACCCCAGGUCUGGGGUCAUGUGUAUGCUUGGGUUGCAUACGUAGCACCGGACCUAGAGCGCCCCACUUGAGGAGAAGAUAAGCAGAAAAAAAUGCACAAGAAAUUGUGCACGGAAAAAACCCCACUGUCAUAAAUGCCCAAACGGAAAAAUGCCCCACAUAGAAAAAUACACACCUAUAGUAAUUUGAAAUGUGCAAAUUUUUUAUGUUGUUAUCUAUAUUUUAUUGUUUAUUGUUGUUGUUAUCUAUAUUUUAUUUUGUUAUCAAUAUCUUAUGAUUAAAAUAUUUCAUAUUCAUAUGCUCUUGAGUGCAAAGAGUGAAAGGGAAAAUACAUGAAAUAAAAGUGAACAGUUUUUAUCAACAAACUUUCAAUUUAUUUAAUUUACAAUUUGUCAACCUUUUUAAUGUCGGUAUGAAGUAUUUUUUUAAAGUAAAGAAAGAAAAAUAUUAUUUUAAAUUAAAUUAUGUAUGUAUUAAAUUAUGUAGGGGCAGAGCACAAGACCCCAGGAGAUCAAAUCAGGCUGCUGCUGCUUGCUGCUGCUCCCCCUGCUGGGAAACAGCUGGAAUAGCAGCAGAAAGUUAAGCUAACCCUUUUUAUGAAGCUACUGCUGCCCAGGAACUGCCAAUCUGGAUCCAAAUUCACAGAGGGUGCAACUGCACCCUUGCACACACACACACCCCCGGAUCCUCCCCUGGACUGGCACCCCGAUAGUGACUCAUUCCGAACACAUCAAGGAAAAGACAUUACUACGCUCCAAUGCAAGGAAUUUUCUGUGUGGGCUUUUUUCCAUGUGGGCAUUUUUCAGUGUGAGCAAUUUUACGUGUGGGCGUUUUUCGGUGUGAGCAAUUCUCCGUGUGGCUAAUUUUCCAUGUGGGCAUUUUUCGGUGUGAGCAAUGUUCCAUGUGUGCAUUUUUCUUGUGUGCAUUUAUGACUGGGUUUUUUUCUGUGCACAAUUUUCUUGUGGGCUUUUUUCAUGUGCGUUUUUUUCAUAGAACUGAGGAGAAUCUCUAGAUGCACCGUGUGAGCAGCAGGGAGGCCAGGGCUCAUUUUCCCGGCCUUCAGAGCAGUGUGGAUCGUGUGGGUAUGCAAGCUGUGUGCCACACAGUGUUUCACUGAUCAUCGGGGCGGGGGGAGGUAGGCCCAGCUCAGUUUUAGCUUGGUCAAGCCAGACCCAAUUUGAGUUCAAACUGAGCCAGCUAGACCGGCUUGGAGCUAUACUGGUAAAGCGGAACUCUCACCAGAUUCUCCAUUACUAGUACGGGGAAGGGGUGGGGCUUUACUAAGUAUAAAGGGGGCAGGAGGGGAGUAAAAAUACUUAUAAGUACAAGCUACUGUGGUAGCAGCAGCUCCCCCACACCCCCACCAGCAUCCCCCUACAUAGCCCGUCCCAGUUCAGGCCCGUUUCGUACCUCUACACAGGCCUGGAGGUCACUAAAAUGGCCUCCAUGCCUAGAGGUCACUAAAAUGGUUUCCACGCCUGCGCAGAACUGGGGUGGGCUACUCAGUGGGAGGCUGCUGCCCCUGCGCCCACUACUACAGUGUGGCAGUACAUGGGAAGUACGUUUCUACUCUGCUCCUGCCCCCGCCCCCUCUAUAUUUAGGAAAGCCCCCUGCCACUGCCUGUGCUGGUAAAGGGGAAUCCUCACCAGAUUCCCCUUUAGCAGUAUAGCUCCGAGCCGGCUUGGUUUGAACCGGGCCCGGUUUGGCUUGAACUUGGCCAAGGCUGAUCUGGUUCAACCCCCAACCUGUCAUGCCGUCUCACACACCCCUAGAGCAAUCAUCCAGCACUUUAAAAAAAGAAAAGAAAAAGCAAGCUGUGAAUAGAAGUAAGGCUUUUCCCUUGGCAGGAAGGCUACCUACAUCCAUUACAUGUUGUUGAUGCUGGAUCAGGGUUACAGCAAGUAUAGCACUAGAGAUAUGGAUAGAAUCUGGGUUUUAUUAUUGUCUGUAAAGCUAGUCAUAAAGCUUAUAAGGAGUGUGUGCUGAAGCUUAAAAGCUGAUCUAAGCAAUCAAGUGUUUUUCAGCAAUACUCACACUCUAUAGCCCUGGAAAAGGGAGCCAGACCAGAAAUAUAUCUUCAAGCUAUAUCAAUGUAGUACUUACAAGCAAGGAAAAAGAAGUAGCAAGUUUUGAAGAGAUAAUUUUGCUCUGCAUUGUGUUACCAAGGCAACAGAUACCUACAGCAAUAUUUAGCAGAAAGCCUGGACUUCUUCACACAUUACUUUCCUCCUUUUUUGUUUAUAUCAAAGUUUUUAACUAUGUAUCUCAAAAUGUAAAUGUCAGUCUCCUUCUCUUUGGGUACAUGAACUGCAGUUAUCAUGGAAAUGAGAGGCUUGAAAAGGAGCUCAAUGUUGCCCAAGUUCCCAAAUCGUCAUGUAGAACAUAUUUUAUAGUUAAUGGCCAACAGCCUUACUAAUGAAGCAGCAGUGCAACAUUCCAAACUAAGGCUAUCCUGGUGCACACAGGAGAGGAAAGUGAUCUCUUUCUUCUGCAGCUGCCUGCGCCAUCAAAAAAUACAUCCUCAACUGCUCCCCCUGCCACCCCAUGCCUUAGUCUGCAAUGCAAUACUGAAUGGUACUUUGUUAGUCAGGAUGUCAGCCUCUGAAAAGUAAUGACUGUCUAUUUUAGACAGACUAUUUUAGAUAAUAAGGCUCUCAUGAGCAGCCAAAACCAAGUUAAGGCACUUAAAAAUGGGCUUGGCUGCCCAUGGGAACCACUGGUAGCUGCUUGGCUAUCGGCGGUGCCUCAGCGGCAAACCUGCCUAGGGAGUCCACCCCUUCAAUGAGGAUAAGGGAGCAAGCACUCCCUUAACCCCAUUUAAUUGAACAUGUCUCCAUGCCAGCUGCUUUCAGCCGGUGCUGCAACACUGAUGGGUGCCCAACCAUCACUGAGGGGAUGCCCACGAUGUAUUAUGCAUGCAUGUAGUGCAUUGUGGGAUUUCUGGGGGCUGGGAGGACGCAUCCUGGCCCCCCAGACCUCUGCACUGCCAGGGGCAGUGGCAGACCAUCUGGGUCUGAGAUCCAUGCACCCAGAAAUGUCUUGGUGAUUGCCUGAGGGAAAGGUAAGGUUAUGCACCCUCCCUCCCUGCCUGCCCUCCCAAAUGGUUGUGUGAAUGAGCCCAAUGAGUCACAAAUCAAAGCCCAACUAUGGAAUUGUUAGAAUUCUAAGGCAUUGCUAUUAGCACCACAGUAACCUCUUCUGGCCACUAGAGGCAUGAUGAGGUGUUAAUAGGUCUGUCUUGGUCAGUUAAGAGUCAGGUUCAGCUGUUGUUGAAAGCUAGUGCCUGUUUGUAUGUUGUUCAAUGGCUCUCUCCAUAUGUGAUAUUUUAAUUUCUUAAUAAAUCUUUAAUUAUUUUGAACUCAA